AUGAUUGGGGACCUAGAGUAUGAUGCUGACUGGGAGAACUGGGGUGAGUUCAAGCGGGCAGCUAGGAACAACGGUGCAGUUAAGAAAGUAGGGACGUCAACAGAUAAAGUCUCUACUACUCUGGAACAAUGUUAA